AUGUUCUGGCCAUCGCCUGCACAGCCGCCAAUUCGUCAUCCACAAGGUGAGCGGCCAACUCAUGAUCUACAGGAGGGCACAGUGCUGGACUUCAAUUUCUUAUUCGAGGAGUUCGAAAUGUCUCCGGCUCCGGGGCCUGCUCAGGCGACCGUUGAGGAGCCAUCUCAGGAUCCCUCUGGCCAGCCAUCUCAGGAGCCCGUCGACACACAGGUUCAUUCUUCGGCGCCUGUGAACUCGUCUCCUGCUCCAGCACCAUCUACAUCUCCGGCUCCGAGGCCCACUCAGGAGACAGUUGAGGAGCUAGCUCAUGAGCCCUCUCACCAGCCAUCUCAGGUACAUUCUUCUGCGCCUGUGAAUCCCUCUCCUACUCUGACAGAGUCAUCUCCUGAAGAUCACAGUUUGGCCACCGUCGUCUCCCAUAGGAAGCAUGUUUUGAACAAGCCCCCUAAGAAGGGAACGCAGGAUGAUCACGCCAUAGAGCGUGCACAGAUUAAAAGGAAGAGGGGGGAUGGAGAUGAUGGUGAGAGUGGUGGGGGUGGUGGGGUUUGCCUUAGGCCUAAGGUUAUUCUAAAGCCUCCCACAUGUGGGACCUAG